AUGCUAUCCCAGGCCUCAAUUCCAGAGGUUCAAGAAGAUGAAAUCGGGUUGGCUAUUGAAGAACGUAAGUCCAAGUCGUACAACUUUCAAGACUUGGGGCCGCCCGAUCUAAUUUCACUUGUGAAAUAUGCGCAGUCUUCCAACUCGGGGUCUCAGAACUCUAAAAAUCGGUCGAUGCAGGUGGAACCCACAUCCACAAGCAUUGACCCGCAAGACUUACACGCCAAUGAUAAACUUAAAGGCCAAAUAGGAACUUUCUUAUAUUGCGCUGGCGUGGACACCUCCGAUCCGACGUCUAUUGCGGUGUAUUUGAAGAACUUGGCUGAUUUAAUAUCCGACAAGCCUCAAAAUUGGUUUGGCAAGCAGAAGCACUACAAAGUUGCUCGAAUCACAUAUUGCACCUGGAAUGCGUUCCGCAAGUGUGAUGUGCAGGUCGUAGUGCAUAUCCCAGGUGCGGUCCAGUCCUAUAUGUUGAACACACAGGGCAAGGUCAUCGAGGUAUCACAGAAAGAACGCGAGGCCUUGUGGGCCGAAACUUUUGUAUCUGGCGUUGUACGCGCUGUCUCUGUCAUGACCAACAAUUUUGAAGAGGGCGAGGUUAACAAUGUAGUGGAAACCCGCAUCCUGAACCCCUUAAUGGCAGGUGAAUUAGGCGAUGUUUCCGACCGCUUUAUUGACGUUUUCCCUCUAGUUUACACCCAAGGGCCACACCUAGGAGCACCUUGUGACGUGGCUACGCCUUCUCGUACUAACAAUCAUUUAUGCGAAACCCUGUUGCGCGUUACGAAACUGACACAGAAUUUCGCCAGAUGUCGGGAAAUGCUCACGGCAUUAAUGGACCAGUACCCAGAAUGCGUGGUUUUAUUGGCACGAGUUCUCAUCGCAGCUGAUCUAAAGAUUGAUGGCAUUGCUCUUUUGCACGAAGAACUGCUCAAAAAGGACUCUUCCAUCAAGGGUUAUAGGUCGGAACUGUUGUGCAUCCAGGCAAAGUUCCUGCUGACCGACAAACGUGACUACUUCACCGCUCAAAAGCUGGCCCAAAGCGCUGUUGAUUCCGCGCCCAGUGAAUUCAGACCCUGGCAUCUCUUGGUUGAGUCAUACAUCGGACUGAACGAUGUCGAGAACGCCCUAUCGGCCCUGAAUGGGUGCCCUAUUACGCCACACAGAGAACAAUAUGGCUUCAAGCGAGUCGUGAGUCUGGGCCAGGACUCUUCUAAUUUGCAUUUACCUUUACCUAUAGACGUCAUCUUGGAGGACGUUACUAGUCUAAGCUCUACUGAAGUAACAAUGGAACACAGAGCGUUGAAUCCAACUUUAGUAAACCUGCCCGCGCCAACUCUAAAAGGGAACGCAAGGACUAGGUACCACUACCUCACCGAGAUUGCAUUGAAAACGGGGUGGGAAACCCUGCUCAAGUAUCGAUCUAAGCUGUUUGUGAUGGAGGAAGAGUAUUUGGUGGCCGCCUCUCCACCUUCGGAGCCCGAGGCUGGGUCAAAAGACGUGAUCCGAGGGAAAAGACUGUGUGAGCGUUGGUUGGACAGCCUAUUCAUGGUCCUUUAUGAGGACCUCAAGACGUAUACUCUCUGGCAAGCUGAGCAACUGCAUUUUGAAGCCCAAAACACCCGUUAUCAAAAGUCAACCGCAGAAUGGGAGCUUCUGGGACUUUGUGCGUGGCGCCUGGGCCAUCGCGACGAAGCGGCGAGCGCUUUCUCAAAGGGCCUAGACCAGCGUUUCUCUGCAGAGUCUUGCCGCCGCAUGCUUCGCAUACUCCUCUCGGAGCGCAGCCAGGUGAAAGCCAACCGAGAACUACCCUCUUCUCAGGCCAUGGCCGCUGCGGUUGAUAUCGACAACAAACUGAUCGAUCUAUGUGUCAAAUUGUGCUGCUGGAAUCAUCGCUGGUACUGUGAAUUCUCCGUUCUACAGCUGGACACCCUGGCCCAUAUUGUCCAAGAUAUCGGCAUUACUAAGCUGUCCAACGAAAUCCGCGCACGCUACCCUGAGUCCGUCGCGCAGUUGGUCGAGGAUAACUUGUUAGAUUUUUUUUCUCACUUCACGCACGACGGCUACGAUAAGUAA